GCUACGUCAUCAUUUCCUUCCUUAAUUCUUUCUCUCUUUCCGUUUCUGUUUUACACCACGUAACCACUUCAUCUAUUUCACUCUUUUCUCUUCUCCUUCAAUUUUUUUUAUCUUCAAUUUCUAUCUCCAGUGACGCGAGCUCAAUUUUCUCUCCAAAUUCUUCAACCGUUACAUGGCAGUUAAAUCGCAUAGCACCAACAAUUUUCUAUCGUUAAGUUCCUCGAAUUGCCGGCUUUCAAAUGGUUCCUAUUGUGUAGGGAGGAAAUUGUCUAACUUGCAUUGUCUACUAUUAAGUAAAUGGGGCAGUACAAGAAAGGGAUGCCUAAUACAACAUGAUUUGCCAUCAUCAAGCAGUGGUCAUGGUGCAGCGGGCUGUAAAAAAUAUUAUUUAACAUUUUCUAAGACUGGAAGGAGUUUACACUUGUUCCCAUUUGCCACCUCUGAUGAUGGUAUGACUGUCAAUGGGAGUCCACAAGCUGACACCAAUGCUAACCUUGAAAAAAUGAGGGUUAAACUGGAUAGUUCACUUGAAGAUGAAAACUUUUAUGAUGGACUUGUUCAAGCUUUAAAUGAUGCAGCCAGAGUUUUUGAGCUAGCAAUUAAAGAACAUAAAUCGUACUCACGUGUAUCCUGGUUUUCAACAGCUUGGCUUGGGGUAGACCAAACUGCAUGGGUGAAGGCAUUGUCAUGUCAGGCUGCCGUGUACUCCUUAUUGUAUGCUGCAAGUGAAAUUUCAUCCCGAGGUGAUAGCAGAGAUAGAAAUGUCAAUGUAUUUGUUCAAAGGAGUUUGCUAAGGCUAUCUGCUCCCUUGGAGAGCUUAAUUAGAGAGAACUUAUCAGCCAAGCAGCCUGAAGCAUAUGAAUGGUUUUGGUCUGAGCAAGUUCCAGCUGUAGUGACAUCCUUUGUUAAUAAGUUUGAAGCGGAUGGACGCUUUACUUCUGCCAUUGCUUUGUAUGGAAAAACUAAGGGUUUAAGCAGUGCAAGUGAUGUAUCACUUCUCCUUCUUGCACUUACAUGCAUUGCUGCAAUAGCUAAACUUGGCACGGCAAAAGUUUCUUGCUCACAGUUCUUUUCCAUGAGCACAGAGAUAACUGGUAGUUUGAUGGACAUGCUGGUUGGUUUAAUUCCUAUAAGUCAAGCUUAUAAUUCUAUAACGGAUGUUGGUCUACACAGAGAAUUUCUUGUACAUUUCGGUCCUCGAGCUGCAGCUUUUAGAGCAAAAGAUGAGUGGGGUUCAGAAGAGGUUGUUUUCUGGGUAAAUCUAGUUCAGAAGCAGCUGCAGCAAGCUAUUGAUAAGGAGAAAAUAUGGUCAAGACUGACAACAUCUGAAAGCAUUGAGGUUUUGGAGAAGGAUUUGGCUAUAUUUGGAUUCUUUAUUGCUUUAGGUAGAAGUACACGGACUUUUCUUUUGGCAAAUGGUUUCGAUACUCUUGACGAUCCAAUUGAAGAUUUUAUCAGGUAUCUUAUUGGGGGAAGUGUUUUAUACUACCCUCCGCUCUCAUCCAUUAGCUCAUAUCAAAUGUAUGUUGAGGUAGUGUGUGAAGAACUGGAUUGGCUUCCUUUUUAUCCAGGCAUCACCAGCAUCACAAAACAGUUGCAUGGGCAUAAUAAACCAGAAGGUCCCCCAAAUCCCGAAGCAGUGACACAAGCUUUUGAUGUUUGCUCUCAUUGGAUGCAGAGGUUUAUUAAACACAGCACAUGGCUGGAGAGCCCCUCAAAUGUAAAAGCAGCUGAGUUUCUGUCUAAAGGGCAUAACAAGUUGAUGGAGUGCAUGGAGGAACUUGGAAUGAUAAAGGAUAAUACAUCGGAGAGUGAUACCAAGAAAAUAGUUGACAGACAAAGAUCCACAAUUCAGUCAACAAUAAAAGGGUCAGGUUCUUUUGAUGAGUCACUGAAAAGUGUUGAAGAAGCUGUGAUAAAACUUGAAAAGUUGCUUCAAGAAUUGCAUGUGUCAAGCUCUAGUUCUGGAAAAGAGCAUUUGAAAGCAGCCUGUUCUGACUUGGAAAAAUUACGGAAACUUAAGAAAGAAGCUGAAUUCCUGGAGGCAUCUUUCAGAGCAAAAGCUGAUUCUCUUCAAGAGGGAGUUAGUAGUGCUCAAACCAUCACACCGGUUGGUGAAGAGGACAGGCUAAUAAAAGGAAAAAGCAGAAAGAAUGACAAUGUAAGGGUGGACAAGAACAAAAGACAAAUUGGAAACUCUCGUGGAUUCUGGAGCAUCUUUGUACCUCCCGUCACCAGAAAGCCUGAGCUGGAAGCAGAUGCGGAUGCAUAUGAAAAUUAUAUUGAACAGCCUGCACCAGAUGUAGGGGUUGUGGACCAAGAAUCCAAUGAAAUCCACCGCUUUGAGCUUCUUAGAGAUGAGCUGAUGGAACUUGAGAAAAGGGUUCAAAGAAGUGUCUACCAAUCAGAAAAUAAUGAGGAUUUAAUGAUCAUUGACAAUGAUGCCCGAUAUAGUGGUGAUGCUGGAGAUGGUCAGAUUGCCUUAGUUCCGAAGAAAGAGAAUAUCAUACAAAAAUCUUUUGAGAAACUAAAAGAAACAGGAACGGAUGUCUGGCAAGGAACUCAACUUCUUGCUAUUGACGUUGGUGCUGCCACGGGUUUUGUCAGAAGGUCCUUAAUAGGUGAUGAAUUGACUGAGAAGGAGAAGAAAGCACUUAAAAGAACCUUAACUGACAUGGCCUCAGUUGUUCCUAUAGGCGUUUUAAUGCUUAUUCCGGUUACUGCCGUUGGGCAUGCAGCCAUGUUGGCUGCUAUUCAGAGAUAUGUACCAGCUCUGAUUCCAUCCACUUAUGCACCGGAGAGGUUGGAUCUCUUGAGGCAACUUGAUAAGAUGAAGCAAAUGACAAUCAAUGAUGUGGAUUCAGAUGAGAAAGUGGAUGAAGUUAAAUGAUUUGGAGCAAUACAGAUUUAUGUAUAGCUAACAUAUCUUUACAUUCUUCCUGGUCUGAUGAAAAUUGGAUCAGCUUCCUUCUUUGCUUUCUGGAAAAAUAAAUUUGGUUCCAAAUUUCUUAGAGAGGAGCUGGGCAUAGAUAAGUUCGUUCCACGUGUCAGGCACUCCGGGUAAACACCAGUGGCUACAAUCCUGAGGAGCAUCAGGCGGAGUUCCUGGUUCCCGAUAUUUGGAAGGGUGGCCAUCUUUCCUCACUUCUGAAAGAUACGUGAUGUUCAAAAAGUUGACUUUCCAGCUUCCAUUUUGCAUCUCUUUAACAGCAUCAGAUAUAAAUAAGUUGUAAUAUGGUUCAGUUUCGAUUUUUGUUGGGUCGUUUUCUGGUUCCGAGUCCUUGUCGCAGUUCCCUCCUUCAUUCCAUGUGCCAUUCCUACAAUUUCACUGUACAGACUCUUAUCCAAUGUACUCAGAGGGAUAACUUAUAUAGGAUGAAUAGAUUUGAUCCAAAAAUAAUAAUUAUGAAGUGAGUUAUUCUGCUUUUAGUUAAGGCUUGUUUGGAUUGGCCGAUUUGAACGUAUUUGUCCGACUAUUUGAAAGAGCUUAUAAAAACACUUUUAUUUA